UCCUUAAUCUUCCACAUCAAAAAAAGAAAAUUACCAUUUUAUUUUAUUUGUUCAGAAAAAAAAAAGCAAGAAACAAAGAAAAUGGCAGGAAUCAUUAACAAGAUCGGUGAGACCCUCCAUAUUGGAGGCCAUAAGCCUGAGGAACACAAAGGUGAGCAACACAAAGGUGAGCAACACCAUGGAGAGCACAAAGAUGAGCACCAUGGAGUACAACAUGUAGAGCACCAUGGAGAGCACAAGCCUGAGCACCAUGGAGAACAAAAAGAAGGGUUCGUGGAGAAGAUAAAGGGCAAGCUCCAUGGUGAAGGACAGGACAAGGGUGAGAAGAAGAAGAAGAAGGAGAAGAAGAAGCAUGAGCAUGGUCAUGAACAUGGCCAUGAUAGCAGCAGCAGCGAUAGCGACUAGAUGUAAUAUUAUAUUAUAUAAUAUCUAGUAUUUAUCGCAUAUAUGCUUUGGUUGCUGAAGUCAUGAUGAGAGGCACUUUUUGUCAUGGUGGAAAUUAGAACUUGAGAAGUAAUAAUAAAAAAGAGGUGUCUAAUUAGGUAUUUCGCCCGCUGUUGUGGUGGUGAUGAAAAAUGGUGAUAGUACUGCAUCAUGUAUAUGUUUGAUUUACUUUGUUUAAGUCUUUUGCUGAUUGUCAGGGUGUACCUUGAGUUAUAAUGUAUUAGCAGUGGACUUUGUCAAAAAGUUUGUUGUCUUCUUGUGACUA